UCUAUGGUAGAGGGGGCGGAGCCAGGAGAAAGAUGGCGGCGCCCGCAGAGGCAGCUGCGUUGCAGGCUUCGGGGGGUCCUCGGCCUUCAGUUUGUCUGUUAGUGUUGGGAAUGGCGGGAUCUGGGAAAACCACCUUUGUACAGAGGCUUACUGGACAUCUACAUAGCCAAGGCUCUCCACCUUAUGUGAUUAAUCUGGACCCAGCUGUACAUGAAGUACCCUUUCCUGCUAAUAUUGAUAUUCGUGACACUGUGAAGUAUAAAGAAGUCAUGAAACAGUAUGGACUUGGGCCCAAUGGUGGUAUAGUGACGUCACUCAAUCUCUUUGCUACCAGAUUUGAUCAGGUGAUGAAAUUUAUUGAGAAGGCCCAGAACAUGUCUAAAUAUGUCUUGAUUGACACACCUGGACAGAUUGAGGUGUUCACGUGGUCAGCUUCUGGGACAAUCAUCACUGAGGCCCUGGCGUCCUCAUUUCCAACAGUUGUCAUUUAUGUAAUGGAUACAUCAAGAAGUACCAACCCAGUGACCUUCAUGUCCAAUAUGCUCUAUGCCUGCAGCAUCUUGUACAAAACCAAGCUGCCUUUCAUUGUGGUUAUGAAUAAAACUGACAUCAUUGAUCACAGCUUUGCAGUGGAAUGGAUGCAAGAUUUUGAGGCUUUCCAAGAUGCCUUGAAUCAAGAGACUACAUACGUCAGUAACCUGACUCGUUCAAUGAGCCUGGUGUUAGAUGAAUUUUACAGCUCACUUAGGGUGGUGGGUGUGUCUGCUGUUCUGGGUACAGGCUUAGAUGAACUCUUCAUGCAAGUCACCAGUGCUGCGGAAGAAUAUGAAAGGGAGUAUCGUCCUGAAUAUGAACGUCUGAAGAAGUCAGUGGCCAGUGCACAGAGCCAGCAGCAGAAGGAACAACUGGAACGCCUUCGGAAAGAUCUGGGCUCUGUAGCCUUGGACACAGGGACUGCCACAGACAGCUUAUCUCCUGCACUUGACCCUUCUGACUUGAUCCUGACUCGGGGAACUUUGGAUGAAGAGGAUGAAGAAGCAGACAGUGAUACUGAUGAUAUUGAUCACAGAGUUACGGAGGAAAGCCGUGAAGAGCCAGCAUUCCAGAAUUUUAUGCAAGAAUCAAUGGCACAGUAUUGGAAGAGAAACAACAAGUAGUUUCUAGAAGUCCAGAAUUUUGGAACUCUGUGAAGGAACUAUCCUAACCUCUGAUUGGGGGCUACUAUAAAGGACAAUUUUGUUCAGAGUUAGCAGAGUUUUUCUUAUAGGGAAAUUUGACUUAGAUGCAGCCAGGGAUAGAAAACCAUUGGACCUGGCAGGUAGAUGCAGGUUCCCCUUGGCCUGUCCCUUGGAUUUAUGCAAGGAAGGAUAUUCUGACUAUUCUUGGAUGCUGAUAUCCCUUCAAACCUAAAGCUUCAAGUUUUAUCAUUUGAACUUUUGCUGCUGAUGGAUGGAACAGCAAGAACUUUUCACUUCAAAUCUCUGUCAGGUUGGAUCUGUAUUCUACUUUCCCAGCAUCUUGCCCUUGACCCUGUACCAUGAGUUCCCCUCUUUUUAGCCAAAAGGGAGUGGAAACAUGAGCUUGCCCAGGGUGGCAGUGGAGUCUCCUUGGCAACCAGUCAAUCUUGGGUACAAAGUGUGGGGGUAACUCACUAUAGGACAACAGGUUCAUUGAAGAAAGUGAGCAAAACAUAUGACCAAUGAAUAAGAAUCCUGCUUUGGAUGAUGACUUGGAUAAAGUGUUUUUAAUUUUAA